AUGUCGAUUUACGCUCUGGUGGGUCUUCUCCUGCUUGUGAUCCACACCCACCUUCUCGGGUCCCUUUCGGUCAAAUACAUAACAACUCCGGUGAAGAAAAAGCAGAUAAGAAAUCAAAACGAAAAGAGUGUGAGAAGACCCUCCCUGAGGAGCACAAAAAUACAAAUGAUUUUAGCGCCUAAAGGAUCGAUGCACGAAAAGAAGACAAAAGAAAUUUUGGAAGAUCCAUUGAAAAACUACCCAUGGGAAAUAAGUAUCCCAUUUCAUGAAACGAUUACAAAAGAAAUUAGUCCAUAUUAUAAUUUUUUAAAAUGUGAAUGGGCAUAUGUAGACCAUAAAAAGGACGUAAGAAGAGCAUGUGGGAAAAUCGAAGGAGGGGUUGAAAAUUAUGAUGGAAAAGGAUUAAAACUAGAGAAAGGAAUAGAUAGACCUAGGUAUAAUAAAAUCCCAUAUUAUGAUGACCAUGGAGUUGAAUGGAGAAAUAUAAACCAAGAAGAACUAAUCAGAUUUGAUUUCCUUCCUGAUGGAAAUCAGGAUCAAACUUUUCUUGAAACUGAAGAAGAUUUAGAACACAGACAAUGGGGAAAUUGGAAUUACAACUGUUCUAAAGAAACAACACAGUUGAAUUCUGCUUGGAGAGAUCCUGUACUGUCUAGAAGCUUGACUAAUUUAAUUUAUCCAUGGAAUCAUAAGGCACAUGAAAAUCAUAUUAUUCCUUAUGGGUAUAGAUCUCCCGCUUUGUUUAUACCUGAACCCAAAAUCGAAUGGGAGCUCGCAGCUAGAGGAUUUUUCGCUGGCUAUUAUGAAGAUCCCAAUUGGUCACGCAUCAGAUAUUAUAAGCAAACGAAAAAACUAAUUUUGCAGUGGCAUGAUGAAAGCAAGAACAAAGAUGGUGAUAAGGACAGCCGAGUGUUGGACAAAAUAAAAAUGGAACUUUUUGGAUUGUCUGCUAAAAGAAGGUACCCCUCCAAACAGAUCAAACUCAUUAAUGAACAUGCGUUGUUGAGAGCUAAAGAAAUGGUUCUAGAUCAUUUACUGAAUCCAAGUGCAGAUCCGGAUUAUAUUACUUACUUCCUAGAUAGACAUGAACCCAUAGAUUACAUCGGAGGAGGGAACCAUAACUGUUCUGAGGAAGAAAUUAAAAACAAAACGGUAGUACUUAACAUGUGUGUUUAUCCGGUCAAACAAAGACAUGAAACUUACUCAAAAAAUAUGUCUAUUUCGGAGAUGGCUGAAAUGUACCAUUACUACAUGACGGAAAUAAGAGGAGAAGGUAGGUCACAUCAAUCAUGUGAAGAUCCAGUGGAUGCUAAGUAUCAAUGCUACGAGUUGCAAGAACAGAGGAACCAAUUCCCUGCUUUGGUAUCCCUAUAUAAACCUCUUUGGACGAAUAAAAAAUUCGGAGAAGAAUUUGGGGAUGCUCUUCAGGAGGGCCAGAAGAUACGCAUCGACCACCUGCGCACCUUUAACAGAAAACUCAGAGUUAAAAGGAGGAGAAAGCUGACCCCGGAACAGAUGGAUGCCAACAACUACGUCGACGACUACAGCCAUGUGGACGACGAGUACGAGUUUUAG